AUGGAAGCAUCCCAAGUAAAGGUGUACGGCAAUUGGGCUAGCGCCUAUGUGUACAGAGUGACAUGGGCACUCAAGAUGAAGAACAUAGAGUACGAGUACAUAGAAGAGGACCUGUCCAAUAAGAGCCCGUCCCUUUUGGAGUAUAACCCGGUUCACAAGAAGGUGCCGGUCCUCGUCCACGGCGGGCGGCCGGUGGCCGAGUCGGACGUGAUACUCGAGUACAUUGAGGAGGCGUGGCCCGAUCGUGGGCCCGCUUUACUUCCGGCGGAUCCUUACGAGAGGGCCACCGCGCGAUUUUGGAUCGAUUUUGGCCGACAAAAGGUAUAA